AAAUGUCUACUUCGGUUAUCUCAACGAUAUUGAUAGAGGGCACUUUUGUCUAUUUUCGAAUAUAAAACAAAGGUUUGUUUUGUAAACGUCUUGUUUUUCAUUCUAACUUCUAACGACGUAGGGCCGUAAAAUUAUCGACCUGGAUUUUAUUGGUCUGUUUCGCAGCUUGUGUCGAAUAAGUAAAAAUACAAUCACCGAUAACGAAACGGAAUACAGUUUUAUUUUUGAAAGCCAUGCCGGAAGUAACAUUCUCCUUCCCUGUGCUAACUUUUCAUCGAUUCACGAGGUUGGAGGCAGGUUGAUUGAAGCACGGGUUGGCAUUGACAGGAGAUGAGGCGGUGAAAUUCACAAAAAUCUAAAGAUUAAUUCCCGUAUAUUCCGUCCAGCUUUCUAGCUUGUAGUGUGAAAAUGACGACUACGACAACGUUUCAAGGAAUGGAACCCGGUGCUAAAAACAGCUCCAGGGUUCUGCGGCCUCCGGGUGGUGCCUCCAACAUCUCCUUUGGCACUGAUGAGGAGAAACCCCCCGCCCGAAAAAACAAAAUGGCCUCCAGUGUUUUUGCUGAGCCAGAAGACCCCUACGCUAACAGAAGGAACAACCCACCAGGUGGGAAGCCCACGGGUGUCCUGUGCGGUGAGUCUUCAGCCCCUCUUAGGAGAGGGGCCAACCAAGGCAUGAACCCCUCUGCAGACGCCGCCUCCAUGGAAGGAGACACGCCUGUAUGCAACGACGGAAGUGAUGAUGCUGAGACUGACGCACCUGCAAAACGUCAAGAAGAUGCUCCUCCAGCCGAGGAUCCUGCCGGAGGCCUGCCCUCCGGACGCAGGAAUCCACCCGGUGGAAAGUCCAGCCUCAUCUUGGGCUGAAUUGCUGCCAAGCUAUCUCCCCCCCCCCCCACCCCCCCACCCCCACCCUGACCCCUGUCCUUCUUUCCACUACUUAUCUCUUAACUAAUUCCUAACACAAACUGGGAAACCCAGCCCAUUUCUCCUUACCACAGGACCUCCCCUCCGAUGUCUCCCUAGUGCCAGUGUUUUCCAUAUCUCAAGUGCAUUGUUUUGAUACCUCCUUUUAAGAACCAUUUUGUACUGUUAUUUAUUUUGACAGAAGCACUUUAUGUAUUUCAAAGUCAAUGAUUCUGUGCCGUUCGGUCCUUGUAUUGACGUGCAGAGAGGCCACAAGAAUCAACGGUAAAUCAACCCUCUUUUCUUUUGUACGACUCAGCACAAGCUACAGGUGUCUGAAAGCUGUCACUUUUUAAUUGUGUGCCAUUUUGACCCACCUUGCAUGCACAUUUGGUCCCAAAUCUAGCAGUGUGGCAAAGAAACAAAACUGUGAAUCCUUUCAAAUCCUUUUUUCCCCUGUUGGUCCGUCCAUGGUGGAAAAACGUUGUAUUGUAAGUGCAUGAAAUUGUAACCUUUCUUACUUUCGCAGUAUUAAAAGAUCUACAUGGGAAGCACAUCAGUUAUCUGAAGGAUGACACCCUUUUAUAUUGUAAUGACUAACCUUAGAAGAUUUUGCCCCCAGUCAUUGUUAUAUUGGUCGAAUUUACUCUUAAUCUUAGUGUGCCUCUUUGUGUUUAAAGCGACAAACUCGGACACGUUUGAGUUUUCUGCUUGUAGGCAUUGCAAUACUGUAACUGUUUUACAUUGCAAUCCAGGAGAAUGUUGUUGGGCCUGAUGUGAUAAACCUGUCCUACAUUUGACAAGUGACCUUAUGACACAGCUCAGCCUUUUGCUUUCUCACUCGUUCCACGCUUUACAGUACGUAUAUGAACAUGAUAAAGCUGUCAAUCCUACUGUCAUUUCCAGUGUGGCGCUAUCAUGUACUUUGUCUUUCUUUUUACUUCAUGCUGGAUGUUUUUAAGUUGCUCGAAUACAGUUGAAUUCAAGAAAUGGCACAAGUGAAAAAAUAGACAUUAAAAAUCAAUUUAGACCAUG